AUGAUUUGUAUAUAUUCCAUAGAUCGAUCAAAAUACCAUAUAACGUAUCUGUUUUCGAGUGUAAACUCAAAUAUCACACCAAUGAAUAAAUCAACUGAGUCAAUUAAAAUGGAAGGAUCAAUGUAUAACAGUAUUGUAGCAACUACACUGUUUGUGGCUUUCUUUUGGACUAUAGUCACUCUGUUAUCAUGGUUAAUAAGAAAUGUAUUAGUUUCGUUAUUCAACUCUGUCCCUUCCUCCUCUCAAACGACUCAGGAAUCCAGAAAGAGUUUCAUUAGCUUAAAUGUAAUAUCAAAGCUGCUUGCUAAAUCUCCAUUUGUAAAUUUCAGUAAUCCAAUAGACAAUCAUUUUUAUUCAAAGCCAAAGUUAUUGUUGGCCAUAUUAGAUGCUGUGGCUACAAUUGAACUUUGUGCAUGCAGUUUAGAAUGUUGGAUUGUUCGUGAAGUUUUCGGUUAUUGGGGUCUUUUGGUUGCUAUCGCUUUAAAUUGUAUUCGUUCAAGCUUGUUUGUUUCAUUUGAUACUUAUGGAAAUCCUUGUAGUCCAUGGUACAGAUUUUUACUUGGUCAAACACAACCAAUAUGGAUGAUUUUCACAUGGACAUUACAAUUUCUAUCUGCAUUGAUAGCACUUAAAUUAUGUAUAUACUGGUGGUCAUUACAAUUAACUGUGUAUCAUUCAGCACGUUAUAAAUUAGCAUUAAAAAUGUUAAAUUCUCAAUUAUUAAUGAAUUAUAAUUCAGAUUUACAAGUUGUAAUAAGUAUUGGAUUCUUAUGUGAAGGGAUUGUAACUUUUAUGGAUUUAUAUUUGAAUAGUUUAUUUACAUGUAUAUUAGAACAUUGGAAUUUACAUUGUCUUCAAUAUAAUACUUCACAAACAACAUCUUCUACAAAUGACAGUGAAAUGAAAAUGACAAUGUCUCAAAUGUCGAAUGUUUGUGAAUUAACAUGGAAACAAUUUCUUAUGUCUUAUAUUAUCAGAUUAUUGAUUAUUCUUACAUUAAUAGCUUAUGGUCUUGAAUGGACAGGAAUGUAUUUAAAUCCAGCUAAUGCAUUUAUUCAAUCAUGGGGUGUUGGUAAUAUUAAACCAAUGAAUCAUAUUAUUGUAUAUUGGUUUGGACCAAUGUUUGGUGUUUGGUUAUAUACUAAAACUAUAAAAUGGUCAUGUAUAUUUAUAUCUAAAAUUAUGAUUACAUCAUAA